CGUCAAACAUGAGUUGAGAAAUUCAGGAUGAUUUGGCCAUUAUAGACUAACAUUCUGUGGUAUCCUAUGCCUGGGACAUUAGUUGUUUUUUCUCUCUUUUUGCUGUGCAAUCCGAUCGGGUAUCAUUCAGGGAAGAAUAUAAUGUCUAGAAUAUUGCACAGUCAUGGUGAAGCGCUAGAACCGGAUAGCCAUGCCGCGGGUAAAGAAGACUGGGAAUUUUCACUCUGACCAAAUUCAUGCUGUUUUUUGAAAAGGACUGAGUCGCUUCUUUAAUGCUGCUUCCGAUGUAACCUACUGUUGGCAGGAAGAACUGCGUGGCUGAAAAAAAUACUGACACGUGGAUUUAUCGUCAAACUCAAGGCGAUCCGUCUCUAAUCACCCGUGCACUUUUUAUCACACGGCAGUAACAUUAUGGAUUGGCCUACACGGUAAUCGAAAGGAAAUGAUACAUCGGUAUCAUCGCGAACAUCGAACAAGCGUUUAUUUUUGUCGACUUUCUUCACUCAUUCCAUAGCCUACUGCGCUGAAUUGUAAAGUGCAGGAGACAGCAAAUCAAAUCGUAUACCUCUUUCGUUGAAUGGCAAUUCUGCAAAAACAUGGAAAGAACUCUAGUCCAGAUUUGGUCUGCCUCAAAGAAAAAACCACAGACAAAACCGGGGUCGCUGGAGGUCAUCAGAAGAAGUGGAGUGAACCGAAUACGUAUUGGCCAAGACCCCUGGCGCGGGUAUGGACGGUGGUGCUACUCCUGGGGACCUGUCUGCUGUACUGUGCCCGCGUGGCCAUGCCCAUCUGUGCCGUUAGCAUGGCGGAGAAGUUCAACUGGACCAAGAGGGAUCAGGGCAUGGUGCUGGGUAGCUUCUUCUGGGGUUACUGCUUCACACAGGUCCUCGGAGGCUACGUCAGCGACAGGGUUGGAGGUGAGAAGGUGCUCCUCCUCUCUGCGGCGGCCUGGGGGGCGAUGACAGCCUUCACGCCCGUCCUGGCCCACUUCUGCUCUCAGCCCAUCUUCUCCAUGACGCUGGCCCGCUUCCUUAUGGGGCUGCUGCAAGGUGUCCACUACCCGUCUCUGGCCAGCCUGUGUUCUCAGAAGGUGGUGGAGAGUGAGAGAGGAUUCCUCAUGAGCACUGUGGGCAGUGGCUCCUACCUGGGAACACUGGUGAUUGGGGGGGCUGGUUCCCUCAUGCUGGACCUGUAUGGUUGGGAGAGCGUGUUCUAUGUGUCAGGCAUGCUCUCUGUCCUCUGGGCGUACUGCAUGUGGAAAUACCUGCUCAAAGGGGAAGGUCCUAUCAUCACAUUGGAGUCACUGGGUAGUGGAGGGCCCCAGUCCAAACUGUCCAGGAGACACUGGCUGCGCCUCUUCAAACAACCUGCUGUCUGUGCUGUGAUUAUUACGCACCUUUGCACAGCAAGCACCUUCUUCACAUUGUUAUCAUGGCUACCAACGUACUUCAAGGACACCUUCCCUGACGCCAAGGGUUGGGUGUUUAACGUUAUCCCGUGGUUUGUGUCCAUCCCCUCUUCGCUCUUCAGUGGCUGUCUCUCUGACCACCUCAUCAGCAAAGGUUAUGACACAGCUGCUGUGAGGAAGCUUAUGCAGUUCUUCUCCAUGGGUGUGUCCAGUGUGUUUACCCUCCUACUGUGUGGCACCACCACCUUCCCCUUGGCUGUGGCCUUUGUCUCUGUCACAAUGGGUCUCACCACCUUCAGCCACAGUGGUGUGUCUGUGAACGUUCAGGACCUGGCUCCGUCCUGUGCUGGGGCUCUGUUUGGUGUUAUGAAUACCUGUGGAGCUUUUUCAGGUGUGCUGAUGGUUUAUUUCUCGGGGUAUCUGAUCGAGGCUACAGGGUCGUGGGCAUCUGUCUUUGCCCUCAUCACUGUGGUGAACCUGGUGGGCCUGGUCACCUUCCUGGCCUUCGCUGAGGCUCGCCGGGUCGACAUCGACUCUUCCAAGGGCCGCUACCACAACAUCCACAUCUAAGUUCAUACGUUGGGAUAUGGGAACCACAGCUUGCUACCACAACAUCCACCUAUGAAACUGAGGGGCCAAACCGGGACCUUGGUCAGCACUAUCCACAUCUGAGUCCCUAAAAUAGGACCAGAAACCACAUUUGUCUACCACAGAAUGCACACCGGAGUCUUAACUAUGGGAUGAGAAGAGAGAGAACCGUGGCCUGUUAGACGUAUCAAAACAUCCACAUCAGAAUUUGAGGAAGCGAUAACAGAAGUGAAUGAGUCAGCCCCAGAGCUGUUUGAAAGGCAGCAUGUCAGGUCAUCGUGCUACAACAUAUUAUUUAUAUUGUUUAAAUAAUCUUUCUAGUCAAGUGUUUGAAUGUUUGAUCGUCCGUCGUUGGGCUGGGAUUGUGGAGUAGUAGUCAUGGAAACUGGUUUCUCACCCAGGUCUGUGUCUAUGUUGGAGGAACACAAGGAGAAUGACAGAUGUUUGAGUUGGUUUAGUCAGUUUGACAGUUGUAGACGGAGCAGGAUGUGUGUUUGUGGUUGAGGAGAGAGGCGUUGCUCUGGUGAGACUAUGUAGACUGAACAAGAAAGGGUUGUUUGGGGAGGGGGGGGCACUAGUAGGUGAGACUCAGUCCCUCCCCCAGCCUCAGACAUGACAGUGAGUGACAUCUAAUUAGAAGGGGACUAAUCACCCAUAAACCCACUCUGAUGUUCUAUACAAUUGAUCUGCCAUCAUCUUCAUAUCCAUGGUUACAUGCUCAUCAUCUUGUCAGUGUGCCUCACUGCAUUAUGUUUAAUCUCAAGCUUUUACAGAGAGACUUUAGCCUCAACAUACACUUAGCUAGAAGGAUUUGUUUUGUAUUAAAUUAAGAAGACCUAAGGUUAUUAUUCUUAUUUUUAUGAACAUAAUUGCAUGACAUGUUCAAAUACGGAUACCUCAAUCAUAUAGAUUUUUUACAUUUCUUUAAUUUAUAUUAUGACUUACAGUAUAUAUCAAUUAUGUUGUCAAUCCAGAAUGUAUGUAGAAAGAGACUCGGUUGAGAUUUUGUCAUAUUUGCUGUGAGUUUGGGCACUUAAAGGAGACUUGGUUGUUGCAGUUCCCCACAGCUGAUGAGGCAACCAACUGUCAUGUAGUAGACAGUUCCCUGUUUGUUAUGGUUACUUCAUAGUCUGGGCAGGAUGUGAUGUCAUUGGUGAGGAAAUCCAACUGUGACAAGAAGUGAAUGUAUUACGGUGUAUAGCUUUAUCAGCCACAGUGGGAUACUGACACAGUAGGCUUCUAGUAGCUACUCCGUCUGAGUCAAAAUACAUGUGCAGUUGAGGUCGGAAGUCUACAUACACCUUAGCCAAAUACAUUUAAACUCAGUUUUUCACAAUUCCUGACAUUUAAUCCGAGUAAAAAUGUCCCUUCUUAGGUCAGUUAGGAUC